AUGGUCUUCCCUGCCUGGCUCCAGACGCCCACCUUCGCCUUUGGCAUCCUCACCUGCUGCUCCUGGCCCCAGGGGGACAGCCAAAACCAGAGCUGUGUGGCCUCCAGGUCCCUGGACAACAUUUCCAACUUUGCCUGGAAGGUGAGCAGUGUGCCGCUCCUGGGUGUCUGGCUCCUGCUGGCCUGCAAUGCUGCCCUCCCGUCCUGGGCCCUGGCCCCCAAUGGGCUGCAUCCAAGGAGGGACACAGGGCCAAUGCCAGGGUCCAGGCUGCAUCUGCUAACUGCCAUCACCAUCGUAGGCUUACUAGUUUUCCCUGGCCUUCCCAUUUGCAGUGUCCUCAUGGUGCACCAUGGUGGGAAGUGCAGGCUGGGCUGGGGUUACGGGACCGCCAUACUCAAUGCAGUCCUGACCAGCCUUCUGCCUCUCAUUGAGUGGCCCCCCCAAAACAAGGCCUAGGGCAGGGCUGCCAUCUUCUCCAGUGACACCCAGAGAAUCAUCAUCCUACCAGAAACAAGCAAAUUACACCUCUGA